AUAAUCCAUCGGUCUUUUAAAUUCUGAGGCUGGAAAAUAAUGAAAAACAAUGAGUUGAAAAUGACAUAUACGACAGAUUUUUCUAUGGGAUCUUAUUUAAAAAUGUCCGUUGAAUGUAGAAGUAGAUCCAUAUUUUCAAAACUAAUCGUUUGUUUAUAAUAUUAAACGAAACCAUGACUGUGAUAAUAUACAAAUAUGUAUAACCAUCAUUCUCCAAAUGUGAUAUGAACAAUUUCCGACAGAAUAGAGUACACUCUAUUUAAAAAAAGGCGAAAAGUAUUACGAAAACAAUUGUACAGUGUCACAAAAACAUGAGUGUUCUCAACUUAUCCGACGAAGAUUUGGCAGAAAAAUUUCGCCAUGAGUUUUCGGAACAAUUCAACAUAUUAGUUCGAAUGCAUCUUUCCUUUGUGUUAGAUUUAAAUACAGAAGAAAAUGAAAAUUUCAGUGAAAAAUCCAAAAACAAGAAAUGGAAACUUGUCUCCUUUAUGAAGAAAUCAAAAUCAACAGAUACUCUAGAGUGUUUUCCAUUCAUUCAAGAAAGGAUAUGUCAAGUUAAUCAACUGAUUGAAUUUUUGAAGAAAGACCAAAAUUUAAAAAUUGAAGGGAUCUUCAGAAGAACAGGAUCAUUGAAUCGUCAAAAUGAGCUAAAAUCCUUAUUAAAUCAAGGUGUAAUUAUUGAUAUUGAAAAAGGAAAUUUUAGUGUUCAUGACUGUGCCUCAGUACUCAAAGUUUUUUUAUCUGAACUUCCUGAACCCUUAUUAACUGAGUGCUACUUUCCAGCUUACUGUCAAAUAGCAGAAUUAUGUGGUAUUAUUGAAAAACCAACUCAAGAAGAAAAAUUAUUAGAGGCUCUACAAUUGAUUCUACUGCUCCUUCCAGCUGAAAAUCGGGUGUUACUAAAAGACAUUCUGAAUCUUCUACAUUUGACAGCUUCUUAUGAGUAUUCGAACAAAAUGUCUCCUGACAAUUUAGCAACUUUAUUCACUCCACAUCUGUUAUGUCCAAAGAAAUUAUCUGCUGAACAGUUACAUUCGAAUUCUCAAAAUUUAUCUGGUAUAAUAGCAUUUAUGAUAACUCAUAAUAGUGAAAUUUUCAAAAUACCACAAAAACUAAUAGUAGAUUUUCGAGUACGAUUUGAAAAAAGGAUAUUACAACCCAAAUUGUGUAUGAAUGAAUCAGUUAGUGAUCAGAAUGCUGCAAAUACAGUAUUUACUUUCAUAGAUAGAGAACUGACUGCAAAAGAAAAUGAAUCUAACUCUACUGAAACGGCUGUGGCUCAACUUUACGCUUAUAUCCAAAGUUUACCUGAAUCAUCCAAAAAAAAGAAAUUAGUGAAACAAUUUAACAAGGAAAAUGGUCAUGGAACUCCUUUGCAAGUUCUAAGAAGUAGCGCACCAAAGAGUAAAAGCAUAGGGGACUCUAUAAAAAAACACAUAUUGAAUAAGAAGCUUAUGCGUACUAUGAAAAAACAGAAUCUGUCACAACUGAGGUCUUCAAGUGAAGAAGUUCUGAACUCUCCAGCACAAGGUAUUUUAUCAAGAGCUAGGCUCUUUUGCACAAACUGUGAUACUAGUCCUGACAAGGGUAAAGAAGUUAGAUCUAAAUUAACCAAUAACCAAUCAGAUGUUUCUGAAUCUUUGCCUGAUCAUGAACAUUUACAUAAAAGUUUUUCUGAACCAGAUUUAAUUAAUGACAAUGAUGGCCUUCUUAAUAAUUCAUACCUAACAAGUACACCAGCAUGUUUUCCUCUCUAUUCAUGUUUUACUCCGGAUGGGUCAGAUAGAAAAUCAAUGUCUCCUAUUACUAGAUCUACACAACGCAUGACCCUUGCUAUGCAGGAAACCAUGAUGACACCAAGAAGUCGAAAACCUGUUCUUUUAAUUUCUGGAAAUAACAUUAAUCAUCUCCCUAAAAUUGAUUCUAUCCACACAAUAGAUGAUGAAAGUACAAAACAUGAAACUCAAAGUAUUAAUGAUGAGAAACAAGGAUCUAAUGAAUCAUUAUCAUCAACCUUCCGUGAAUAUUUGAGCUCCCGUGAUAUUCUUACUUGUUCAGGUUCACCCAAGGACUUGAGUUUUUCAAGUAGGACUGACGAUUUUAUUUCUGAUGAUUUAGAAAACUUAUCAGAUAGCAAAAUGUCAGGUUCCUUGCUUGAUUGUCUGAAUGGAGAAGCACCUGAGGGUGAUGUAGAAAUGGACACAUCAGAAAGUAAAGAAAAACAAUUUGUUCUUAAACCUAGGCAAUUUGACAGUAAUGGUCAACCAAUUGUAUUUGAAACAUCGUUUUAGAUUUUCUGAAAUAGAAUUGUUUCUGUUAAAAUAGAAUAUACAUAUUUUAUACUA